CAGGGAGGCAGCUCCCAUUGCUGGGCAGGAAGUGUUCUGACUUGCUGCCUGAGGUCUUUGUGAGGCAGACAGGAAUGCUGGCGCUCCACAUUCGCCUCGGAGGGUGUGGAGGGAGCAGUAUCUCUGCCUCAGCCUCUGCAGCCAUUCGCACCACAGCAGAAAAAAGGCACAUUGUUGGAGAGAGGAACGUACAGGUCGUUCUCCAGGGAGAUGGCAGCGAAGAUAUCCAAAGACGAGCUGGAGGAGCUGCGUGAAGCCUUCGGGAAAGUUGAUCUGGACAGUAAUGGCUACAUUAAUGACUAUGAGCUCCAUGAACUGUUCAAAGAAGCCAAUCUUCCCCUUCCUGGUUACAAAGUUCGUGAGAUCAUCCAGAAGCUGAUGACUGAGGGGGACAAAGACAAGGACAACAAGAUCAGCUUCAGUGAAUUUGUUUCGAUCUUCCAGGAGCUUAAAAGUAGUGAUAUUGCAAAGACCUUCCGCAAUGCUAUCAACAAAAAAGAGGGCAUCCUGGCCAUCGGGGGAACAUCCGAACUGUCCAGUGCAGGCACACAGCACUCCUAUUCAGAGGAGGAGAGGUUUGCGUUUGUGAACUGGAUCAAUUCUGCUUUGGAGAAAGACCCAGACUGCAAGCAUGUGCUGCCGAUGAACCCCAACACAAAUGACCUCUUCAAGGCUGUGGGUGAUGGCAUUGUGCUGUGUAAAAUGAUCAACCUGUCUGUCCCUGAUACAAUUGAUGAGAGGACAAUAAACAAGAAGAAAUUGACACCUUUCACAACACAGGAGAACCUCAACCUGGCACUGAACUCUGCCUCAGCCAUCGGCUGCCACGUGGUGAACAUUGGCGCUAUGGACCUGCGCGAAGGCAAGCCGCAUCUGGUACUGGGCCUUUUGUGGCAGAUCAUCAAGAUUGGCCUGUUUGCAGACAUCGAGCUCAGUAGGAACGAGGCGCUGGCAGCAUUGCUCCGAGAAGGUGAGACUCUGGAGGAUCUGAUGAAACUUUCCCCAGAGGAGUUGCUCCUGCGAUGGGCAAACUUCCAUCUGCACAAUGCUGGCUGGCAGAAAAUCUCCAACUUCAGUUCUGAUAUUAAGGACUCCAGGGCUUAUUUCCACCUCCUGAACCAAAUUGCACCCAAAGGCACUAAAGAGGGUGAGGAACGCAUUGACAUCAGCAUGGCAGGUUUCAAUGAGAAAGACGACUUGAAAAGAGCAGAGGCUAUGCUGCAGCAGGCUGAGAGACUUGGCUGUAGACAGUUUGUCACACCCACCGACGUGGUGUCUGGAAACCCCAAACUGAACCUGGCUUUCGUGGCCAACCUCUUUAACAAGUAUCCAGCACUGACCAAACCUGAGAACCAGGACAUCGACUGGGGCUUGCUGGAAGGUGAAACCAGAGAGGAGAGAACUUUCCGAAACUGGAUGAACUCACUGGGCGUGAACCCUCAUGUCAACCACCUAUACGGCGAUCUCCAAGAUGCUCUGGUCAUCCUGCAGCUCUAUGAGAGGAUCAAGGUUCAUGUUGACUGGAACAAUAAAGUCAACAGGCCCCCUUACCCAAAGCUUGGGUCCAACAUGAAGAAGCUGGAGAACUGCAACUAUGCUGUGGAUCUGGGGAAAACUGCAGCAAAAUUUUCCCUUGUGGGCAUUGGAGGCCAAGAUCUAAAUGAUGGGAAUCCCACCUUGACCCUGGCUCUGGUCUGGCAGUUAAUGAGGAGGUAUACCCUGAACGUCCUCGAGGACCUGGGAGAAGGUGAGAAGGUGAAUGAUGACAUCAUUGUCAACUGGGUUAAUAAAACUUUGGCAGCGGCAGGAAAGAAGUCAAAAAUCUCCAACUUUAAGGACAAAGAGAUCAGCUCCAGCUUGCCUGUGUUGGACCUUAUAGAUGCCAUCCAGCCAGGCUGCGUCAACUACGAGCUAGUAAAAACUGGUAGUCUGUCGGAGAGCGACAAGCUGGACAACGCCAAAUUUGCUGUAUCCAUGGCCAGAAAGAUUGGCGCACGCGUGUACGCACUACCUGACGACCUGGUGGAGGUUAAACCCAAAAUGGUCAUGACCGUGUUUGCUUGCCUGAUGGGUCGAGGAAUGAAGAAGGCAUAAUAAAAUAAAGCAAAAUAAAAAACGCAAAGCCGCUGCGGCCAAUCAAAGCCGACGUCUGACCCACAAGCCAUUUGCUGGAUGAAAGGCUUCAGGUUGAAUAAUUUAGCCAAUAACAAUCAGGAAACAAGAAACCCAUUUAGCAACAGAUGUUAGAGAAUCAUGUUUAAGUUUGGCAGGAUUUGUAAACGGCAAUAAGGGAUUUAGCUAAAGAAGGGUGGGAUGGUUGUUUUUUUUGUUUUGUUUUGUUUCUAGACCAAAUUUAAGGUUCCAUCAGAUCUGUGACUGGUACAUGCCUUUCUACCUUAACGACGCAAGAUGACCAAAACAUAACCGCGGUGGAGCCUAAGCCAUGUUGGACAGUGCCAUGUGUAUUUUAUUUGCAUAUUUGAUUAUGGAGGAAUGUAUGCAAGUGACUGGUGUCGUUUUAAAAUGUUCAUCUUGAAUCUGACUGCUCUAAACUUUGUGUGUGAACAUGGAUACAAGGCCUUACUCAUGUGCGGUAUUGCCUAUACGCAGUACAUAAUCCUGUGGCCUCUUUAUAAGACAUCAGACGAGAUGCUUAUUUUCCUAGCGUUUUAUACACGAGUAGAGUUUAUGGUAAAGCAGUUACAUAAACAACCUUUGCAGACAGAAGCUUAACACAUUCCAUAGUUAUGAUCUCAUUUUACUGUGUCUUAUGUACAUGUAUACGCAAAUGUGCUUUUUACAUAGAAAAAAGGACGACCCAAACAAAGAUAACUAACUAUGCAUGAGCAAUCUUUUUUUUUUAAUUUGUUAUUUAAAGCAAUACAAUCCUGGGAAUUUGAGGAAAACUUAAACUUAAUGAACGCUAUUAAUAUUAAAAAGGAAAAACUGGGAAGCUAAAAAAAAAAAAAAACGAGGUUCAGUAUGAAGCUUGUCUUUGUGGGUUUGCUGAAGGGUAAUGUGGGGAGAUAAAACUGGAAAUGCCUGGAUUUAUUGGAGCAUGUUGACUGGAUAUAUGAUUAAGACCGAAACAUGUAAAAAUGUCUUGAAACAUGACCAUCUGCAUACUGAAAAUAAACCAGUUCAUACCAUA